UUGAGUUUUCUCAGCCGCUCUGGUGUUUGAUUUUAACAAUUUUUAUCUACCUAUAUUUCGAUAUUAUUAUUCAACAAAUACAUACAUAUAAUAUUAAUUUACAAACAUCUAUUGCUUGAAUACAUCUGAGAACAAUAAAAAGUCAGUUUGGUUAAUAUCGACCUGUCAAGAAGACAUUUUUCUGUCGAAUUGUCCCCGCAAAUUUCGCAAAAUAGGAGACGAAAACCCCUUUAAGUUUUCUAAUUUCAUAUCGAAUCUGCCACCGAUUGUAAGGUGGUAGGGCGAUGCCUCGCUGCAGUAAACGCACGAGGAGCGGCGCUCCGGUCAACGGAGGCGAUGUUCUACCAGGGGCCACAGCAUUAGAAGACCAUCAUCACCACAAAAGGUCUAGGAAUAGUAGUUCACGUCGACAUUCCAAAUCAGAGGAUACUAGUUUCAGUGCAAAGAAAUGUUUAGCUUGGUUUAAAGAAUAUACCACAGUAUUAGAACCAGAUGUAUUAGGUCCUGAAGGUAUGGAAAAGUUUUGUGAAGACUUAGGUGUGGACCCAGAGAAUGUAGUAAUGCUGGUAAUAGCUUACAAGAUGGGCGCCAAACAAAUGGGUUAUUUUACACAAGAGGAAUGGCUAAAGGGUUUAACAGAGCUUCAGUGCGAUAGUGUGCAUAAAUUGCAGAACAAAUUAGAGUAUUUACGAAAUUUACUCAAUGACCCCUAUUUAUUUAAGGCUGUGUACAGAUAUUCCUAUGACUUCGCCAGGGACAAAGAGCAGCGAUCGCUGGAGACUGGCACGGCGCGCGCGCUGCUGGGCGUGCUGCUGCCGCGCUGGCCGCUGCGGACCGCACUCGCGGAGUUCCUGCAGCGGGAGCGGCGCUACAGGGUCGUCAACAGGGACCAGUGGUGCAACAUCCUCGAGUUCAGCCGCACCGUGGACGCGCAGCUCGCCACCUACGACGCCGACGGCGCCUGUGAGUACGAGUUCCUGCAGCGGGAGCGGCGCUACAGGGUCGUCAACAGGGACCAGUGGUGCAACAUCCUCGAGUUCAGCCGCACCGUGGACGCGCAGCUCGCCACCUACGACGCCGACGGCGCCUGUGAGUACGAGUUCCUGCAGCGGGAGCGGCGCUACAGGGUCGUCAACAGGGACCAGUGGUGCAACAUCCUCGAGUUCAGCCGCACCGUGGACGCGCAGCUCGCCACCUACGACGCCGACGGCGCCUGGCCGGUGAUGCUGGACGAGUUCGUGGAGUGGCUGCGGGCGGAGCGAGCGGCGGACGCUGCCAUGCCGCCCGCCAGCUGAGGCCGCGCCGCGCGCACACUCGCCCGCACUCGCGCCCGACCCUACUCGCCCCCGCGCACACUCGCCCACAGACGACACUAGCCUGCAGUAACCCAGCGCCCGACGGCAGCCGCCCGCACUCGAGCCCGACCCUACUCACCAAGUGACAACGCUAGCACGCUUGUAUUUACCCCAUAACUCAUCGCCUGAAGCGAUAAACCGCUAGUGACUUCAACGUCCGAUUGCUGCCUUUUACAGACGCUCUUUCAGGUGCGAAUAGGCUUUCACGCAGGAAAUAGUGUGCAUGCAAAUGUAGAAAUAGAGAACUAGACGUCGCGCGCCGCCAGUGAACGCAUUCACAUAUUCUUCAAUGGUACGUGCUUUAACGUCUUGGUAAUAUUUUUUUUUUUUCCAAAAUGGCGAACAUUUUCCUGUAAACCAAAAAUUAUAUAUUUGGAAAAUAAAAUCUGUGGAAUAAAAAAUAUUUUAUCUUAUACUUUAUAUGCAUAUCUUAAAUUUCAAAGACACGUUUAAGAUUUGUAAAUUAUCAAUAACUAUAGGUCUUUGCUCCAUAGUCUAAUGUCCGCUAUUUUGCAAUGAUCGUUAGUAUCGUAUCCAAAAGACGCUACAGCACUCAAUAUUGAAAGACGCGAAAAUGCGAGAGCUGGC